AAUUACCUACUAAAAUAAUUUUGAAAAAUAUAAAAUACGCAGUAUCUUCAUCACGUUGUACAGAGAAAAUUAUACUUAUUCGUAUUGUGAUUUAUAGGGGAGUAUAAUAAGAGAGAAAUGGUUCCAGUGUGAAUUUUUCACCUUGCUAAUAUAAUUCAAAUAAAAUAUAAGAAAUACCAUUUAAUAUUUUAAAACAAUAUAUUACAAGAAGCACCAUGAAAAGAAAAAUUUGGAAGGAGUUGUACAACUGACCGUGUGGCCUAAUGGAUAAGGCGUCGGACUUCGGAUCCGAAGAUUGCAGAGUAGUUCUGGUGGUAAUGCGAUUGUUACAAGCAUUAGCAACUGAAUAAUUAACACCGAGUAAAAUAGUAAAAAUGAUUCCUUCGAGCCGGAUUUGAACCAGCGACCUAUGGAUGUCUACUUAUUUUAACAGUACCUACUACAGUCCACCGCUCUACCAACUGAGCUAUCGAAGGUUUUUGGUUUCAGUUUGAAAUUUAUCAUUCGGAUUGAAAUGGAUUUAAUUACAGUAUAAAUUAAGUAGCCUCAGCUGAUUUUUAAAAAAUAUGUACGUCGAUUUGAAGUAUAGACUGAAUCAAAGUAGAAUCUAUUAUAAGAGUAAUAUUUUGUAUUAUAUACAAGGUGUUUGUAUUGGUGGCACAACCGGAGAAUGGAUGAAUCUAUAUAAAACAACCGCCAAAAUAUCUCUAGUUCUCUGAAUCGACACCAGCCGGCGCUAUUGUAGGUUAUGCCGGUAAUAUAACAACACUAUCUUAUCGUAAGAAGAUAAGGAACAGGAUAGAACAGAAGUGCUUUCAUAAUAGAUAAAGGACACGGCAGAUGUAAAGGACAACCUGGUAAAUACAGUGGUCUUUCUUGAUGCAAGACAAGAACACUGGGAAUUCCUGAACAACUGAAACAAUAAAAAGAUACCAGUCUCAAACAAGAUGGGAAAAAAGAGAAACAUUCAACCUCCUCCUCCACCAGUUCCAGGACGUGUGAAGGUAGAAAUAAAAGAUGAAUUAGGUGACAGUGAUGUACUUGUUGCAAGAGAUCGAUUGAAAGGAGCUCUCAGAGAACUGUUGCAACAUAGCGAUUCAGGUUCAUCAGCUGAUUCAAGCGAAGAAAGUUCUGCCCAAGAUUAUAAACACCCAAUGAAGAAAAUGGAUAAUAUGUAUAGAUCAAAAUCAUUGAGUUUCCAACAACAAAGGAAAGUACGACGUCGUCGGCAGGUGCAAGUAGAUACUGCAUUUCAUCAUACUUAUGUAAUGAAAUUGUUUGAUAGAAGCGUUGAUUUAGCACAGUUUCAAGAAGAUACACCGCUUUAUCCAAUAUGCAGAGCAUGGAUGGCUAAUCAGCCAAGAAAUCCUAAUCUUGUACCUAAAGUGCGCAGUCCAAGUCCAGAAAUAGUAAAUGAAGUCAAUAUAAGUAAUAAUAUAUUGGAUACUAAUGGAGAAGUUCGUGAUGUUUAUUAUUUACCUCCUCCACUACCUUGUGAAGAGGCUAUACCUAGAAAUCGUAUACCUUCACCAAUCAGUAGACCAAAGGAAGAAUUAUGUUUAGAUUAUGACGGCCAAACUUUAGUAUCACGAGAAACAUUAUUGAGAGAACAUAGAGUACAUUGGAAUGCUGUACGCAAAAAGUGGUAUCAACAAGCACAUAAGAACGAACAACGUUUCGCGCAGAGUGCACAUAUACUAAACACUAUAUAUAAAAGGGCACAAUCAGAAUUUGAGUAGCCUAUUCAUGGCAGUAAUAGCUACUGUCAAUUAUCAUAUAAAUACUUUUUCUUUCCAUACUUUUUCUAAACAUAUUUUAUUUUAUACGUAUAAUUAUACCUGUUGUAUUAUCGUAGAAAUAUACCUUUUUAUUACAA